AAUACCUAAUCCACGGUCUGAUACGCCCACCAACACUCACAGCCAGCACAGCCGCCCGUAACACUAGAAUCCCCAAGUAACAAACCCCAAAUAAUCGGUCAACCGGUCACCGGCAACCGGCCUUCCCCCUCUCCCGGUCUCCCGGUUCCCCAUUCUCACAACACAUCUCUUUCUCUCUGUCCGAUCCCAACUGAAUAACAAACCCAACAUUCUAACCCGCCCCCCCAAAUCCACUGAGAGGAAAAUUUCUAGAGCGAGAAACAGUGACCGACUGACGCUGAGAGGGGGAGAGAGAGAGAGAGACUGUGUGCGCGUCACUAAGAAGAAGAACCCAUAGGAUCGGCGAAAAUGGCGUCGUCGAAGGUGAUGACGUCACCGAACUCGGGUUCGAGGAAAUCGGAUCUACCUCGACGCUCUUCUUCUUCCUCCGCUACAAAGCCCCAAUCACUCUCCGAUCAAACCAAAAGCUCUCUCGCCAACGCCAACCGCGGCACUCUUGGCUCCUCCUCGAUGACUGUUGAUGGCCUUCUACGCACCGUUUACGACUCCAAACCCUCUGCCACCGAGUCCACCCUCCUCGACGCCCAAAUCACAGUGAUUGACACCCCAGCCCCAGCCCAGGGCCUCUCCGACUCCAAACCCAAUGUGCCGAAGACCGUGGACGAAGUGUGGCGCGAGAUCGUCUCCGGUGACAGGAGGGAAUGCAAGGAGGAGGCGCCGGAGGACGAGAUGAUGACUCUGGAGGACUUUCUGGCACAGACCGGGUCUGUGGAAGAUGAGGACAUGAAGGUCGAGCCCAACGAGCGCCUGAGCGGAGGGGUCUUCUCGUUCGAUCCCGUUCCGACAAGCCAGUUCGCGGCUCUAGACAGCAUGGAAGGAGCCAUUGUAGGGUUCGGCAAUGGAGUAGAGGUGAUUGCAGGCGCAGGUGCGAGUGCAGGGAGAGGGAAGAGGGGCCGCGUGGUCAUGGAACCGUUGGAUAAGGCAGCUCAGCAGAGGCAACGGCGGAUGAUCAAGAACCGAGAGUCCGCCGCAAGGUCCAGGGAGCGAAAGCAGGCGUACCAAGUUGAAUUAGAGUCGUUAGCGGUGAGACUAGAAGAGGAGAAUGAGCAACUGUUGAAAGAGAAGGCUGAGAGGACUAAGGAAAGGUUUAAGCAGAUCAUGGAAAAAAUUAUCCCAGUAGAGGAGAAGCGCAGACCACCGCGUGUCCUCCGAAGAGUUCGAUCUUGGCAAUGGUAGAUUUUAUAUGCUUGAGGGGUGGAGAGAAACACACUUCGCUGACAUAGGGGGGGAAAAGAAAACAUCGUAGCUGGAAAUUAAUCGUCUUUUAAGUUAGAUAUUUCAACCCGAUGGUUCAUCUAUAAGAGCGGUCGUGGUUUCUGAUUACAGAAGACAAAAGGGGGAUUGGAACCUGAGUCUUGAAGAGAAAUUCCUUAUAGCUGAAGAGAACAGGACUUCUAUUGAAGGGGAGGGAAAGGCAGAAAAUGUGAAGUUGAAUUAUGUAGUUAGUGAGUGUCCCAAUGUGAAUUCGUCUCACAUAAAUGCCUAAAAGGAGGAAAGAAUAGAGUUUUCUGGGCUGGUAUAUAAUCUAUUAUCUAUGUUUUGACAGCUUUUGGCCAAAAUAGAAAUGAGGUUCUAUGUAUACUUAAGCAGGGGUGCUUUGUGAA